GGCCUGCGCUCGCUCUACCAGCGCAAGGUGCUGCCGCUGGAGGAGGCGUACCGCUUCCACGAGUUCCACUCGCCUGCGCUGGAGGACGCCGACUUCGAAAACAAGCCCAUGAUCCUGCUGGUGGGCCAGUACAGCACGGGCAAGACCACCUUCAUCAGAUACUUACUGGAGCAAGAUUUCCCUGGCAUGAGAAUUGGCCCAGAGCCGACUACAGAUUCCUUCAUUGCUGUGAUGUAUGGGGAGACUGAGGGAAGCACCCCUGGGAACGCUUUAGUUGUGGACCCCAAAAAGCCAUUCCGAAAGCUUAGUCGCUUUGGAAAUGCCUUCCUGAACAGAUUCAUGUGCUCGCAGCUGCCCAACCAGGUUCUGAAGAGCAUCAGCAUCAUCGACAGCCCCGGCAUCCUGUCUGGGGAGAAGCAGCGCAUUAGCCGAGGGUAUGACUUCUGCCAGGUCCUACAGUGGUUUGCUGAGAGGGUUGACAGAAUCAUCCUACUCUUUGAUGCUCACAAAUUGGACAUCUCAGAUGAGUUCUCAGAGGCGAUCAAGGCCUUCCGGGGCCAGGAUGACAAAAUUCGAGUGGUAUUGAACAAGGCUGACCAAGUGGACACACAGCAGCUGAUGCGAGUCUAUGGGGCCCUCAUGUGGUCUCUGGGCAAGGUCAUCAACACACCUGAGGUACUUCGAGUCUACAUUGGCUCAUUUUGGGCACAGCCUCUGCAGAACACAGACAACCGCCGGCUCUUCGAGGCUGAGGCACAGGACCUCUUCAGAGACAUCCAGAGCCUGCCCCAGAAGGCUGCAGUGCGCAAACUCAACGACCUCAUCAAGCGAGCACGGCUGGCCAAAGUACAUGCCUACAUCAUCAGCUACCUGAAGAAGGAAAUGCCAAAUGUAUUUGGAAAAGAAAAUAAGAAGCGAGAACUUAUCUUCAGGCUUCCAGAAAUCUAUGUUCAGCUGCAGCGAGAAUACCAGAUUUCCGCGGGGGACUUCCCUGAGGUCAAGGCCAUGCAGGAACAGCUUGAGAACUAUGACUUCACCAAGUUCCACUCGCUGAAGCCCAAGCUGAUCGAGGCCGUGGACAACAUGCUGAGCAACAAGAUCGCAUCCCUGAUGAGUCUCAUCAGCCAGGAAGAGAUGAACAUGCCCACACAGAUGGUGCAGGGCGGUGCCUUUGACGGCACCACAGAAGGGCCCUUCAACCAGGGCUAUGGGGAGGGGGCCAAGGAGGGUGCUGAUGAGGAAGAGUGGGUCGUGGCUAAAGAUAAGCCUGUGUACGAUGAACUCUUUUAUACGCUAUCACCCAUCAAUGGCAAGAUAUCAGGUGUCAAUGCCAAGAAGGAAAUGGUGACCUCCAAGCUGCCCAACAGUGUCCUGGGCAAGAUCUGGAAGCUGGCCGACUGUGACUGCGACGGCAUGCUGGAUGAGGAGGAGUUUGCCCUGGCCAAGCACCUCAUCAAGAUCAAGUUGGAUGGCUACGAGCUACCGAACAGCCUGCCCCCACACCUUGUGCCCCCCUCUCACAGGAAGUCCCUGCCAAAGGCUGACUGAGGAGGGCGCACCGCUGGGGUGGGAAAGGAGGGGGUCCCUGGGCCUGAAGUAUGCUAUGCCACUGACUUGCUGAAUGUCCUUAGCCAAGGUUCUGUCCUCUCCAUAUCUCAGUUCCCUCAUACGUAGGGUAGGGAAGGGCAGAUACUGGACUCUAGAUGAGGUCCUCUUACCUCUAAAAUCCCUAAGUUUCUAUCAAAAUAUUUCUAUCUAAAUAUUGAGAAGAGCACUAUAUAUGGAGAUUAAAAGUCUAAGAAGAAAAAGAAAUUAUCCAAAGAAAAACGUAGGUGUGGACACAGUCUGGGGAACUCCGGGAGUGAGCUGAGACUGACAGGAGUCUUCAGGGCAGUUCGUUACCGUGAACCUCUCAGUCCUUCAGAGGACACUGAGAAGCAGCAGAAAUGACAGAGGGUGUCUGCUCUCUGUAGACUGACACCAAAGAGAAGACUAUAAUGCCCAGGUUUGAAGGAGGGUGUGCCAAGUCUGUGUGCACCCAUUCCUUCUGCAGUCCCCAGCAGAGUAGGCAGCCAGCCCAGGAAAAUCUGCUUUGUCCCAGCACCCGCUGCAUGGCCCUGCCAAGCCUCCCUCCAGCAAAGCUGGGUUCAGUUUGGGAAUCUGGAAUUCACAACCUCUCUCAGCCCCUGGCAAGAUCUCUGGUUAGUAUUUCAGAUCAUGUUGAAGUCCGAGGAUUAACUUUUCAGUGCACCCAAUAGGUCGCCACAAAGUCAAUUUAUCAGCCUUAAGAAAAGAGACAGUUCCCAUCUGUCACUAAGUGUACCCUUCGACCAUUGAAUGUUCCCAAGGCUUUUUGGUAGGUGGCAGAAAGUGGCAGAACUUAAGUUCAGCAAAGUCAUGUCUUGAAUUGUAUAGUCCUAGAGACUUUGGACCCAGGUAGAGAGAGACUAGCCCCAUCUGGAGCUGUCAAUGGCAGAGAUCAAUGUCUUGACAAUUGACACUAUUGUUUGAUUUUUAAAGAAAAACAUGCAUUUUAUUGUGUUCAAUUGUGUUUUCCUCACAAGAAGAAGCUUUUCUAUAGAAAUCUUUGUGUAAUGCCUUUUCUUCGAAGCUAGUGUGCUUCACAUCAGGAGUGCCUGUCUGGGAACAGCACUGGUCUGCGCACAUACCCUUCCCCUGCUCUUCAGUUUCCUUCAAGCCUGUGAAUGUCUCUGACACUUGUUCAGGGGCCGUCUCCCACCAUAGGCCCCGCUCUGUGGCACAGCUGUUGAGCACUGUCACCCUCACAGCACAGCAGUAUCAGAAAUGAAUGAAUCUGAAGAGUGCCCCUGAAUCUUCAGAAAAACAUACUCCCACCCUUAAUUCCCUGCCUCUGGCAACCUCAGGGUCAGAACUGUAGAUUUAAAAGAAAAUGCCAGAAGCUCACAUCCAUCAUCCCAGUACUUGAGAGGCUGAUGCAGGAGGAUUACCAGAAGUUUGAAACCUGAGCUAUGUUGUUAGUUUCAUGGCAGUCUGUUUCAAAACCAGGGAGAAUUCUUAUGUUACCAUCCACACUUCUUAUCUUACUUUCUAAAUGACAGUUUUAAGAGAAACAUGGUGUGCAUUUUACUUUGAAUGAGCGUGUUUUGAUUAAUGGGACACAAUGUUUGAUCCUGGGGCUGUAACUGAAUGCAGGCAUUUCUGUGGUGUGAGGACCCUGGAGUCUAAUGGGUAGUGAUGCCCGGGAGGGUUGCUUUUCCUUGCUGCUUUUUCUCUGCACAAUUGUCAUGUAUCUACAUAAAUAUAAUCACAAAUGUAUGACU